UUACAUUGAGAAAAAAAUCACACAAUUUUUCCUUAAAAAUCUUGUGUUCUACCACAAUGUCGUCGUUAAACCAUCAUCUUUUCCGUAGAUAAACACCAUAAACAAAUCUCGAAUUCCUUUCACUUCUCAAUGUUGCAAACUAUAUCAAUUACUCUACUGUUAUCAAAUCCACUUCUUUGGACAAAUUUAUAACACGAUAUAUUCGAGAAAUUCAAAUCUUCAACAGCCUGAUUAUACCUACGUAACAACAUCAAGAAUUGAGCUGACGCGCAGACCAGGUCAUCAAGAGAACAUGAUGGACACCCAGAUGCAUGAAGAUACUCAAGAGCAUCCCAAUUCAAUGGAAGAUCGAACUCUUCCUCUUCUACAUGAUUCCAAGAUCGAUCAAGAGAUUCAGGAGGUGAAAGUGAAGAAGAAAGGAGGACGCAAGCACAAAGCAAAAUGGCUGAAACGGCCCAUGGCAUUGUCAGAUGUAAUUGUAGAGCUGUAUGAAACGGAUUUACGAGAAAAUGCCCUCAGAUGCCUUAGUAAUCAUCUCAACGAGAGGAGAGAAGAAGAACCUGACAAAUACAGCAAGGCAGGUUUCUUCAUUUUCCAUGCAUGCGGUAUCAUGGCCAUUUUGUUACAGGAAGUAUUGAGUGCAUUUGUCAAAAUGAAAGCAGGUGAUUUGAACAUCAGAGGCUCAAAAAGGCUAGCAAAUGUCUUGACAUUGUUUCAGUGUACUGCAGCUAAUAAGGAGAUCAGAGGCAAGUUUGUGAAUGCACAUAUUCCAAAUUACCUGGUGCCCUUCAUUUUGUUCGAGAACACAGAGGAAUAUGUUGAGAGUGUUAGAGCUAUUGCUCUUUCGGUCAUUGGGAUCGCUGUUCAGGCUAGAGAGAUGGAAGUUAUCAGAUGGGCUAUCAAAAACAGUAUUAUGGAAGUCUGUCUAUCUGCAAUUGAUAUUGGAAGCGAGCUUUCAAAAGUGAUUGCUAUGCACAUUAUGGAAACAAUUUUACAAACCAAUUAUGGUAUUACUUAUGUCUGUGAAUCAAACACUCCGUUGCUUGAUAAACUCUUAAAAAUGUGUGAGCAAACUGUUUUGGCCCUUGUCAGGGAACAAGAUUUUUCUCCGCGUCCUCUAUUCCAUGUUAUCAGAUGUUACAUUCUGCUUUGCAAAAAUCACAGGGCUCUGGAAUUAAUAAAGAAGAAUCUGCCAGAACAUCUUCUUAAUAACACAUUUCAUGAGAUCACUGAGGAGUUUCCUGUCAUAAAUCAACUGCUGAAUCAGUUGCUGCUGAAUGUGGGGAAGUUGGAGGACAUUCAAGUUAUGGUUAAGUCCAAAAUAAACUAUCAAGAUGUUCGGUACAACUCUAAAUAUACAUCACCAUCUGAGGUUUUGAUUCCCAUGAAUCCAAGAGACCUGAACAAGGAAUAUUGGCCCUCAUCUGGUUUUUGCCCUUCCAUUCCACUCUUCUAUGGAAAGGAAAACUGACAAAAACAAUUAGAGUGGUGAAUAUUUUCUGCACUUUUUACUUCUUGCAACCAUUGUAAAUUACUGUAAAUGUUACAAGCAUUGUAGAGUUAAAUCAUUUGCCACUGGUGCUGACUAAUGCCAACUGCUCAUUGGAAUACUAGAUUACCAUACCUUACAAAGAACUUGUAAAUAUGACAGUGGCCCUUCAGAUGCCAAGCACAACUGUGAACAUUGUAACUAAUACUCAAUUGUCAAUAUAAACUCACAAUGAAUUACCGUUA